CUCUAUUGGACAGCGUUCGAGGGACCCAUGCAUCACAUCAAAGCUGUCCUACAUUAAUUCACACUUCUCGGUCUCAAACACUCCAUUCUCUGUGUUUUUCCUUUUAAAGCGUUCAUGCAAAAAUGGGUUGUGGAAACUCCUCAGCCACCAGCACAACAGCAGGAGGCCCAGAGGAGGCUGCCAACGAUGUGACAGAAGAAACAUCACCAGAUGAUGAGAAACGAAGGAACUAUGGAGGGGUGUAUGUGGGGCUUCCUUCUGAUCUGAACACAGUAGCUGCUAGCCAAUCAAAAUCAACACGAAAAGUUCCCAGACUGCUACAAGAAGCACUUCCAAGGCUAGAAACAUCAGCCAAAGCACUAUCCAGUUGA